AGUUGUGGAGUUCUUCCUCAUUGCUCUGUUUCAUCAGCCACGAGAUUCAGCACCAGAGCCGACAGAAGAGUUUAAGGAAAGAUGGGAGACCGAUUAACCGAGACCACAGCCCGACUGCAACAACAGGAGCGGGAGAUCCGGAGUCUCUCUGCAGAGAUCGAGAGCCUAAAGAAACCACAGAACCUGAGUCCAUCGGCACAACUGGAUGGGCUGAGGGAUGAAAACACCAAACUGAAGUACCGCAUCAACAUCCUGAAGAGGAGCCUGCAGGAGGAGAGGACGGCCGACUGCGGUAAAUCCAUGAUGAACAUAAACCAGCGGCUCCAGGAGGUUUUCGCCGAGGCCAUCCGGGCCUCCUGCCCCGAGCUGGACGACCCGCCGCUGUCCGUGGCGCCCAACCAGCAGGCCAAGUUUGGAGACUACCAGUGCAACAGUGCCAUGGCCAUGGCUCAGAUGCUGAAGGCAAAGGGAAUGAAGAUCAACCCGAGGGAAAUCGCAGAGAAGAUCAUCCAGAAUCUUCCGGACAAUGAACUCAUCGAGAAAACUGAAAUCGCAGGACCAGGGUUCAUCAACAUUCAACUGAAGAAGCCGUUUGUGUCCAAACUGUUGAGCAACCUGCUGAUCAACGGCGUGCAGCCCCCCCCACUGGAGUCCAAGAAGCGGGUAGUGGUGGAUUUCUCUUCUCCCAACAUUGCCAAAGAGAUGCAUGUGGGCCACCUGCGCUCCACCAUCAUCGGGGAAAGCAUGUGUCGGCUGUUUGAGUUUCUGGGCUAUGAAGUUGUCAGGUUGAACCAUGUGGGAGACUGGGGGACCCAGUUUGGGAUGCUGAUCGCCCACCUUCAGGAUAAAUUCCCAGACUACCUAGCAAGCUCCCCGCCCAUUGGUGACCUGCAGGCCUUCUACAAAGAGUCGAAGAAACGCUUUGACGAGGAGGAGGACUUUAAGAAGCGAGCCUAUCAGUGUGUCGUCAGACUGCAGAGCAAGGAGCCCAACUUCAUUAAAGCCUGGAACUUCAUCUGUGACGUUUCCAGGAGAGAGUUCCAGAGGGUCUACGACUGCCUGGACAUCAAGAUCGUCGAGAGAGGAGAGUCGUUCUACCAGGACAUGAUGACAAAGGUGGUGAAGGAGUUCGAUGACAGAGGCAUGGCCGAGAUGGACGAGGGUCGUAAGAUCGUCUUCGUCCCCGGUCAGUCCAUCCCCCUCACCAUCGUCAAAUCCGACGGCGGGUACACCUACGACACGUCAGACCUCGCAGCCCUUCGCCACCGGCUCUUCGACGAGAAGGCCGACAUGAUCAUCUACGUCACGGACAGCGGACAGGCCACACACUUCCAGGUGGUGUUUGCUGCAGCUCAGAUGAUUGGCUGGUACAACCCUCAGGUGACCCGGGUGGAGCACGCAGGCUUCGGAGUGGUGCUGGGGGAAGACAAAAAAAAGUUUAAGACCCGUUCUGGAGACACGGUGAGGCUGAUGGACCUGCUCGACGAGGGACUCAAGAGGUGCAUGGACAAACUGAAGGAGAAGGAGAGAGACAAGGUCCUGACCCCAGAGGAGCUGACCAAGGCCCAGAGGUCCGUCGCGUUCGGCUGCAUCAAAUACGCCGACCUCUCCCACAACCGCAUCAACGACUACGUCUUCUCGUUUGACAAGAUGCUGGAUGACCGGGGCAACACGGCGGCGUACCUGCUCUACGCUUUCACUCGCAUCAGGUCUAUAGCUCGUCUGGCUAACAUUGACGAGGCCACGCUGAGGAAAGCAGCAGAGACCUCGGAGGUCCUCCUGGACCACGAGAAGGAGUGGAAGCUGGGGAAGUGCAUCCUCCGUUUCCCCGAGAUCCUGCAGAAGAUCCUGGACGACCUGCUGCUCCACACGCUCUGCGACUACCUGUACGAGCUCGCCACCACCUUCACAGAGUUCUACGACAGCUGCUACUGCGUGGAGAAGGACAGACAGACGGGUGAGGUGGUGAAGGUCAACAUGUGGAGGAUGCUGCUCUGUGAGGCCACAGCAGCCACCAUGGCCAAAUGUUUCGACAUCCUGGGCAUCAACCCCGUCGGAAGGAUGUGAUGUCACAGUGACUCCAUCUCUGUCCCUCUGCAUCCAAGUUCACCAGAAUCCAGAUCAGGAGUGGGAGGAGAAGUGACGACAUUAUGAUGAAGAGUAAACGGUCUCUUACAUCACUCACAUCACAGCCAAAAAACUCACCGGACUUUAGGAAUGAAUUCCAACAAAGUUAUUCUAUCCAUCCUGGCAGGAAAAACGCUUAUUUUAAGUCCAUUAAUUAAUAUCUCAUGUAAAGUUUCUUUUUUUUAAUAAAGAACCGAAGUGAAACCAAACAA